AUGACGAGACCUAUGACGUCGAUCUACACUCGCCCGACUAUGCCUGAACUCAACUCGCCUAAGCCGGAUCUUGACCUCGGUCGUAAUUCGAAGCAAGCACCUGGCAGCGAGGUAAGUGGCAGCUCCGACCCUUCUGAGGCGUCGGGGAUUCGUCCAGUGUUUCAAUUUCACAAUGAGAGGGAACCUCGAUCACCGGCCUGGAGCUGA